GGUUUUGGGGCGUGACAGAGAGCCUGGCAGAUCUUCAUGAAGAGUUCAUCAGAGGAGGAUGAUAACAGAGGGAAAGCAUGAAUAUCAGAUUGAUCAAGAUCAGCUGCAAAGAAGGAGGCUAGGUGACUCAUAUGAUUGGGGCUUGUAUAAACAAGCAACGCCCUAUUUUUUCACAAAUUUCCCAGAAGAGUGGACACAAGAAGACAUGUGGAGGACCUUUGUGAAGUUUGGGAGGGUCUUUGACAAUUACAGCCCUCCUAGAAGAAGCAGAAACGGUAGUAGGUUUGGAUUUGUAAGAUUCUUGGGUGUGAAGGAUAGAAAAGAGCUUGAAAGAAAGUUGGACAACAUUUGGAUUGGGGACCACAAAUUAUGGGUAAACUACCCAAGGUAUAAUGACACCCAGCAGAAGGAACUGGUGAAGGGACAGCAAACGAGUAGACAUGGAAAAGGGGAAGGAGAUAGGAGCAGGGAGGGUCAUGCUAUGGACCAAGAACAGGACAGAAAAAAUACCAGAUUGGAAGAUCAGAUAAUGGACAAAAAGAAGGUAUGGGUAGAGAAAGGAAGGAUGGAUACCUGGGCUGGUUUAGAGUACAAUACCAACAAAGAAGAAUCCUCAUGGCUGGAGGGUUGUUAUGUGGGAACGACUCACUCCGUAGAAAUGGUUAGAAACUUGCAGGAAAAAUUCUAUAUGGAAGGAUAUUUCAACUACAGAGUUCGCGCAAUGGGAGGAAGAUUGGUGCUGAUGGAUUGUGAAGAUAGAGAAGAGUUGAAAGACUUGGUAGAAUCGGCAUCAGAAUGGCUGGGACAAUGGUUCGAAAAGGUGUGUCCCUGGUCUCCAGAGUUGAUAGCGAAAGAAAGAUUCGUAUGGAUUAGAUGCCAAGGUGUGCCGCUAGAUGUUUGGGGCCAUGACUUUUUUGAAUCCAUGGGGAGGUCAUGGGGCAAGUUCAUUUGUUUGGAUGAUAGCACAAGCCAAAGAAGGAGGUUUGACAUAGCUAGAUUCCUAAUUUCAACCCCGAUCAUGAAUACCAUCUCAGUGUUGAGAGAAAUCAAAAUCAAGGGGUCCCUGUAUAAAAUCAAGUUUUUGGAGGAGGAAUUCACAAAUAGUUUCUUCUCUUUAAAACAAGAUUUUAUUCCUCAUUUUCAAAGCGAAUCAGAGGAACAUGAAUCAUGGUCAUUGGAGAGCGAGACUGAGGAUUAUGUGUGGGAAAAAGCAGUAGAGCAAGAACAGGGGAGCGGCAUACCGAUGGAGCUCGAGCUUGAAGACGAUGACGUGAAAGGUAGCAGAGGAGAGUUAGGUGGCAUGUCUCAAUCACACGUGCAGGAUAAGGAAGAGGAGACAGUGGAGAAAGUUGCAGACAGCCUGGAGUGUGUUCAAAUUUCAAACGGUAAAGUGGACAGAAAAGCAGAGGGGAGAGUAGCACAGGAGGCGAGGAGUGAGGAAAGGGUAGAGAGUUCAAAAGAAGGUAGAAAAAUGAGGCCGGGCUUCAAAAAGAAAAUAAAUUUGGGCCGAAGAAGGCAGCCCACUUCAUAUGAGAGCAGCCCAAACCAGGCGAACUCAUCAAGCAUGAGGCCAGGUAUAUGCAGACCACAUCAAGCCGAGGGAGCAAAGUCAACUUCUGUUAACAAAUCAGGAAAUUCAAGAAACAAGGGUUCUGCAUCAACAGCCAGCAAAGAGGAAAAGGAAGAUCUCGGUGGGCAGGACACAGUAAGCAAAGAGAACCAGAUGAAGAGGACGAAGUGGUGCAAGGAAGGCUUCCCGCAGCAAAGGAAGAAGAAAAUUUGCCUCUGUAGUUUGGUAUACAUCAAGGCCAGAUCUGCAGAAGAAGGAAAGCAGAGGAGAAAAAACCGAGGGAGGCAAAAUAAGAAAUCAACGGAGGGGAUGGCAGAGCCGAAGUUCAUAGCAAGCCCAAAUGGUGAAAUUGCAGGAGAUUCGGUUGGUGACAGUGGGAUCCAGAACUGUAAUCGAGCUUUGAGAAAGCAACUGCAAACCCAACUAGCGAAGGACAUAUGGGAUCUAGCCAAAAGGAUGGGCGCCACAGUGGAGAAUGAAGAGAUAUUGAAAAAAAUUAAUGAAAUGGAGGGUAGAGAUAAACGAAGCAAAGAAGACUUAGAGAGGCGAGCGGUGGAAGAUCCAAAGAAGGUAAGCAAUUUCUGUGAUGAUACUGAUGUCUUUUAAUAUCAGAGGGCUUGGAGGGUUGGGGAAAAAAAGAAAAAUUAGAGAAGUGGUAAAAAAAGAGGGAGUAGAAUUUUUAGCAAUACAGGAGACGAAGAUAGAGAUAGUUAACAGAAGUGUAUGUAGAAGAAUAUGGGGAACCGAUGAGUUUGAAUGGAUUUUUAAACUGUCAGAGGGUAUGUCUGGAGGCUUAUUGUGUAUAUGGAGUCGGAAUGUGCUAAAAAUGACAGAGGUGAUUGAAGGAAAAAUUUCAUAGGAGUUUUUGGGGAAUGGGGGGGAGGACCAGGUGCCUGUCUAUAUUC